CCAAAUUCCAUGACCGGGGUUUGGGCCGCCGGGGCACUCGCCCUCGACUGCCACCCAAACCACAUUUCACCAGCCCCUUCAGAGUUCUCCUGCAGGUGGUGGGCCCACUGGAGAGUAAUCCCACAUUGCUCCUUUGGGUUGGACCCGACUGAGGCCCAUGGGAGGAGCCCCAGCCACCAAGCCACAAACCCAGACCUGGCUCCAGGGUGGGGCCCCGGUGACGCCAAUCCGGGCAACACAACUUGAUCUCUAGUAUUGUUAUUCAUGAAGAGGUUUUGAGCUACAAGCAGCUAAAAUAAGUUUCCUCCGGAGGGUGGCUUGGCACUUCCUUGGUGAGAGCCACUUCUAGAUCUAGACUUCUGGGAAAUUUCUAGUGCACUUUUUAAAUUGUAGAAUCGGGCAGCACCAGAAAAUGGUGAGUGGGGAAGGAAUUCGGACAUAAGUUGAGUCUCAGGUGUUGGAGUAAGCCUGAAGAUAUUUAAAACUCAGCCACUUGAACAGUAAUAGCAUGUUGCACUUUCUUCAGACUUUAAAGGUUAACACAGUUAGAAGUGUAAUCUAUUAACAAGACAAUAAACUGAAAUCUGGUAUUGAGUAGCAUCAUAUGAAUGUGGGUUCCAAUAACUUUCCUUCUUAGAAAUGUCACUUUGCCUAAAACAAAUGAGCAAGUCCUUACAGUCACUUGACAACUGCUAAGGGACGUCAGAAAAAAAUCCUGGAGCUCCAGGCAUGUUUGCUUGGUAAUUUGAUGGUUAUAAAAAGUGAUUAAAAAAAAAAUACAUUUCUAUGUAAAUUACGUGCUACUUUUAUACGUACUGUAAAAAAAAAAAAAGAAGAAGAUUUUUUUGAUGGCCACCACGCCGUUCUUUACGCCGCUUUUCGUACAAAUUUUUGACCUCUUUUGCUUGCCAUACUCCCUGCUCAGCACGUGCGGCGAAGCCUCGAUCCAGAACUUCACAUCACAGCAGCAGGUCCUCCUGGACGAAACGAUGUGGAUCCUCGGCUCGGUUCUGUUCCUCGUUCUGGUCUGUUCCACCAAGUCACAACAUAUGAAGACCGUAACAGCUGAAGCUGGAGAGACCGUCGUUCUGAGAUGUGAAGAUACAAACAUCAAGCAGGAUCCAGUUUUUAAGUGGGUCAGACGUGACCUGCCGAGGAUUGGAGAUGUGUUUAUCUACAGGAAUCACAGUGUUGUUCUAGACAAUCAGCAUGAAUCUUUCCAGAACCGAGUGUUUCUGAAGGACCCUCAGAUGAAGAAUGGAGAUCUGUCUGUGGUUCUGAAGAACGUGACGAUUGAAGACACUGGAACAUACCUGUGUUUAAUCCUAAAUAAAGAUGAUCCAUUGAGUUUUGGGUACUCGCCCUCCUCCGUUAAACUGGAGGUGUCUCCUCCAGAGCUGAACAUCACUGCUGAACCUGGGGAGAACGUCACUCUGAGAUGUGGAAAUAUGAACAUCAACGGAGAAUUCCAUUUAUAUUGGAGGAAAAUGGACCAGGACUGGAAUACAUACGUGUUUUUCUACAGGAGUCACAGUGUUGUUCUAGACAAUCAGCAUGAAUCUUUCCAGAACCGAGUGUUUCUGCUGGACCCUCAGAUGAAGGAUGGAGAUCUGUCUGUGGUUCUGAAGAACGUGAGGAUUGAAGACUCUGGAACAUACCAGUGUAGAGUAGACCGAGAGGAUUAUCCAUUGAGUAUUAUGUACUCGAGCUCCACCAUCAAUCUGCAGGUGUCUCCUCCAGGAGUUAAAGAUGAAGGAGGAGACAAAGAUGAAGGAGGAGUCAAAGAUGAAGGAGGAGUCAAAGAUGAAGGAGGAGUUAAAGUUGAAGGAGGACAUUAAGAUGGAGAAAAUCAAAAAGGUUCAAACCAAAGUUCCAGAGGUUCCAACAAUCAUCAGAAUCCUGACGGUGAUCUUCUGAACUCGGAGAGAAACACAGAACCUGCAGUGGAAUGAGAGCAGAGCUCCGCCCACUCCAUCACUUCUGCUAAUUAUCCUUUAUUUCACAGUAAAGAUGGCCGCCUUGUUUACUCCGCUAUGCUAAUCAGCUGUUCUGUUAGCUGGUUAAAGGGCCGUAGUUAACCUUCAUUUAACCACAUGUGACGGAUAUAUCUUCCCAGAAGACGCAAGAAUGAGACUUUUGAUUAUCGUUAUGACGGGUGAGACUCAGAGCUGCAGGAUUCUGCCGCGCAGCUGCGCAGUCUUAUUCCAGAAGUUCAAAUUGAAAACUUGAAAAAUAGACAAUGUAACUAAAACAUGUUUUCAACAUUUGAAAACAAGACAUUGUAAAUUAAAAAACACGUUUGAAAAAAGCUGAAAACUUGAAACAAAUCUUGUAAAC